AUGUUAAUCAAGUUUAAAUUACAAGAAGAGAACCCAACCGUGCCAGGUUAUUCAGAACUUCAAGUUACCGAAUAUAGCAGUAACCAGUAUAGAAACCUAAUUGAAGAAAACAAAGAUAAAUACCUUUUUAAAUUGAAUAAAAUUAAAAAUUAUAAUCUAAUACCGGCUGACCAGACCAGUAAAAUACUUACUAUCCAAACCAACUUUGACUUUCAAUUAAAUAUUGCUAUUCCUUGGCAAAUUAAUUUAGAAGUUCCGGUAAAAGAAUUAAAAGCCUUAAAUAAUAACACUUAUUUGUUUGCUACGGGGGGGGCUUUAACUAACCAAGGGCUAAAAGAUUACGAAAAAAUUAAACUAAUAACCGAACAAAGAAUAAAUGAAAAAGAAAUAGUUAGAUUUACUAUCCCCGACUUGCGGGUUGUCUUGGCCCAGGAUAAAGAAGAUAGAAUAUUACGCCUUGGGCAAGCCUACCAUUCUUUAACUAAAAUCCAACCAAACUCCGAAAUUACCCUUGAUGAUCCCCGCGAGGAAGUAAUCCAAAAAUUUCUCGUUAAAUAUCAUAAUGAUUAUCAAACAAGAAUCAAAGAAGGUCAAAAAAAUUUACAAAAACUUUCCAUUUUAUUGAAGCAAUUCCCGCCCGCCCAAGCCCAAACCCUAAGCCAGCCGCAAAACGAUCUAUCCCGCCAAUUAGAAGUAUUUACUAACCCCCAUAAAUUCCAAAAAAAACUUACUAUCCUCAAAGAAAAAUAUCACGGCUCCCACCAAUUAGACCAAUUACAACAAGAACUAAAAAAAAUUGAGCAAGAAUUUUUAGAUUUUUAUACUUGCCUGCAAGGGGAUGGUUGGCUUGACUAUUCCGGUUUAGAGCAAUUAAUCCAAAAAAUAAAAACUCAAUUAGUUAAUCUUAACAACUUAGGUUACCGUGCCGAGGAAAUAGUUCCGGGCGGAGAAUAUGAAGAAUGGAACCAAGCUCAAAUUAAAAAAAAUGAAGCGACCGAGGCUAUUAGGUUAGACCCGCCUUUAACUGAGACCCAAAAAAAAAAAAUUAAAUCUUCCCAGACAGCCGACAAUUUAAUAAGCAACAUUAUGGGAAUUCAAAGGGAAAGGCAUUUGAGCCAAGCUAAAACUUAUUUUAAAAAUUUUAUCCGGCAAGAAUUAAAAAAAACUCCCGUCGUGGAACUCCAUGAAUUAGGUGAUUUAAGGAAUUAUGAGCAAGCAAUAAAUGAAUUAAAUAAGUAUAUUGAGUUAAGAACUUACACGGAAAAAAUAACGACCAAAAUUAAAAAAAUUCGCAGCCCUAAAAUUGUUGCAAUUGAAGAAUUAAAAGCCCAAAGCAAAAAAAAUAUUUCGGAAACCUUGACUAAUUUUAAAUUAAAGGCCGAUGAACUUCAUCCGCAACACCAAAAUUGGUUAACCGAACUGGAAAAAAUGGAAAAUAAAUCGCAAAUCCUCCAAUUUGAACAAGACUUAACUUUGCUUUUGAGCGAAAUUAACUGUCUUUUAGGGCAAAAAUUAUUUCCGAACCUUGACCCCUCCGAAAAAGUACAAAUCAAGCAAGUUAAAGACAGUGAGGAACUUACCAAACAAAGCCAAAAACUGCAAAAUGAAAAUGAACAAAAUUAUUUUUUACAAAGAAAAAUAAUAUUUGAGAUUAGAUACUUAUUCGCCAAUAUCAGUCCUUUAAACAAAGAACAAAACGAAUUACUACAAAAAGUGUCAAGCCUUCUCGAUAAGCUUAGUUGUUUAUCUCGAAUCAAACUUGCUCAGCAGGUUUUUAAUGAGUUUUCCGCUAAUUCAUUGAAAAAAAAAGCCGAGCAACUGCAAGAACUUCAAAAAAUAUUUGCAGAAUUAUCCGCCCAGGAGGAGUUAAGUGAAAGCGAAAAAUCCAGCCAAGCCGAAGUGAAAACCAAACUUGAUCUAAGCAAGCAAGGAAAAAUGGUGGGAAAAUUAGCGGUAUUAAAUGAACGGCAAGUUGACCUAAGUUUGCUGGAUUUAUCGCCGGAAGCACCUACGGAAAACGAAGUUCAAACGGGAAACGAUUUUGGUCCGUUUUCUCAACAAACUUUAACUUUGCUAGCCAUAGGGGGUUUUCUUUUAAUUUUUCUUUGGCGCUGGUAUCGCAAAAAACGCGAAGAAGACCCCUUUUGA